CCGCCUCCCGCCCACCCGAGAGCCCUUCCCCCCCAGCCAGGGACGUGUUGUUGAGGAAGGAGAAUCCCGGGGAAAGCGGAGUCCCUGGCUAAGGUCAAGGUGUUCGUUAGGACGGAGUCUGCAUCCUGGCUCCUGGUUCUCUCAAGACCUGCUGGGGAAUGCAUACUUCUCAUCGGGGGUAUUUUUCUUUUUAAAAUCCCAUUUUUUCUUCAGGAAAUGUGUUCUCCUUUGGGUGUUUUGGCAUUGACUGUGAAUUGAUGCCAUGCUAACAUUUUCUCCCUAAAUUGUUGGGCGCCGUUAUGGACUGCAGGAAGAUGGAGCGCUUCUCUUCCAGUGUGAUUUUGAUCGUGGCCAUUUCCAAGGCUUUUGAACUUCAAGUGACCACUGGGCUGGGCCACCGUGAACUUGCACGUCCGGCUCUGGGAGACCUGGCCCUCAGAGGUGGCAGCCUUCCGACCCUGGAGGAAACCGCGGCUCACCAUCGACCUUCCCAGUUUGUGCCGUCCACGGGAGUCCAGGACAGCAGGCAGCUAAACAAGACCUGCUGUCUGAAUGGGGGGACUUGCAUGCUGGGCUCCUUUUGUGCCUGCCCCCCCACCUUCUAUGGGCGGAACUGUGAGCAUGACGUGGGCAAAGAGAACUGCGGGUCUGUGCCCCACGACACCUGGCUGCCCAGGAAGUGUUCCAUGUGUAAGUGCUGGCGCGGCUGGCUUCGCUGCCUUCCUCAGACAUUUCUGCCGGGCUGUGGUGGCCAUGUGAUGGACGAGCACCUCGCAGCUUCCAGGACUCCAGAAUUAACACUGUCCCCAUGCACCCCUCUGAUGCUAGCUGGCUUGUGCCUUGUUGUACAAAGUUUCCAUUAAUGGAUGUUUGCAUGCAACAUUGUCAGGCAGACAUCCCGACCUGUGAAGGCUGUCGCUCAAAUGUCCUAAUCCUUUGUUAGUUGCCUUGAAACAGUGAAUAGAUUUCCAUAGUAGUGAAUAGGUCCCUAACAUUUCCUUGAAGUACCAGCUGCUUUCUCUGUCCUGCCAUAUCCAAAGAAAACUACUAAAAAGUAGUUCACCAUAUCUACAUUGUGUCCAAGUGUUACAUUUCUUGAUACGUGCAGCUCUCCAAGGGCUUAUUGAUAUUUUCCUUGAAACCACUGAAUACUGUGCAGCUCCCCAAGGGCUUAUUGAUAUUUUUCCUUGAAACCACUGAAUACUGUCUUAAGAUUAUUAAAGAUUACUCCUAUGUGGACUGAGGAUAAAGCUUUGAGUAGAGCUGAGAAAAACCAAUUAAGACAGUAUCUUGAAAAAAGGAAGGGACACAUCUGUAGGGGGAGCAAAAGCGAGGGGACAGGGCAGAUGCUAGUGGUGUGGGCUGCAGGAGUGAUGAAGUAGGUGUGCACCAGGGAGACAGGCAGAAAAGGGGGAGGAAGCAAAUGGGAGAGAUGGGAAAAAUAAAGUGGGUUACUUGAUUGACAAUUAAAUGGCCACAGAGAAACAAGUUCAGCUACGGUGAAGAGCGAAUUUAUAUUCCUUGACUGUAAGACGAGGAUACCCCCUUUCUCCAAGGCAUUCUAAAGAGAAUGACGUCUCUGGAAAAAAAUUCUGAAUUUCUCCAAUAAAUGUGUAAUAAAUUGUUUUCUCCCUACUAUGCAAUUAUUUUAACUGUUGUAAAAGAGAAAACAUUCACAAUAUAUCUAGUUGUAAACCGGUGAUAAAACUAUAUAUCGUAAGGACCAGUUUUAAAAUGUGUUGUAUAUAUGAGUAAGCCCCGUAAAAAUAGGAAAUACAUUGA